AUGGUCAGCUCGACGAUUAUUGCCUCCUAUUUGAAGUGUUUAUCAAAGCAUGAAACUUCAAAUUUAUCAAGAUAUUACGUUAAAUUACCGGACAAUAAUAAUAGGCCGAUGACUUUUGCUUUUCUGGAUUAUCCGAAACAUUUGGAAGAUUUGAAUAUGAAAAAUUUACAUUUAUCGGUCGAGAAUUGGAUUGAGAAAACUCAGACAAGUAAAUUGUCAAUAAUUGUCUGUCAUAGACACACAAAAUUGAUAAUUCGUACAAUAUGUAGGAUGAUCUUGGUUAAAAGUAAAAAAUUUAAAUCUAUUAAAUUGGAUUGGAAUUAUCCGAGAAGAAAAUCUAGAGAAAAAUUAAAGUUUCUACACUGCAAAAAUUCGGCAAUUUUCCUAUCACAAUUAAAAGAAUUAUCGAUCAGUUACGUUCCAAAAAAGGGUGACUUGUUAAUGGAUCUGGCAAAACAUUCGACUAAUCUACGAAGACUAGAAUUGAUCGAUAACACAUUUAAUACAUCUAAUCGUAAUGGGUCGAUUAGUGAAUUAAUUAAAAAACAAAAAAAUCUGGAAUAUUUAAAAAUCUUUUCGUAUGGUACAUCACUAACGGACCAAAUUUCUGCAUUAAAAUGUUCAUUCAAAACUUUAAAAAGUUUUGAAUUAAUUUAUGCAAAAUUCACCACAAUCACCUCGGAAUUCAAUCAUUUGUCAAAAUGUAGUAAUUUGGAAAUAUUGAUCUUGGAUCAUUGUGAAUUUUCGGACGAGGGAAUUAUACAACCUCUAAGAAACCUUUCCAAAUUAACAAAACUGCAUAUAAAAAAUUCUUUCCGAGGCCUAUUUGAAAUAUUUAUGGAUUUAUUAAAUUCAAAUUCCAAAACAUUAAAAGAUAUUUACUAUGUCGACGAUCAGAUAAGAAGAGACAUAUUCAUCGACGAACGAUUGUAUAAAACGUUAUGUUCAAAAUACAAAAAUACUCUAAAUCGCAUUUCACUUCCUUAUAAACACGAUUCCGACACGAAAAGAUUGUUAAUUAAUUUUUUAAAUAAUAAUUCUGAAAAUCUAAUCAGCUUGAAAUUGUUCGGAUCAUACAAGUAUACUCGAGAGUUUAGUGAUUUUAUGCCACAGCUAUUCAAUAUUUUGCCACCAAGAUUGCGAAAUAUUAGCUUAGAUAUGGAAUGGGGGAAAAGAGAUGCUGUUAUUCUUGAAUCAACAAUUAAAUUUUCAAGAAUUUGUUCGUGA